AGGCAAGAUGCUGUUGGGGUACAGUGACCUGGAGCUCGCUAACAAGGGCGGUUACGACCUUGUUCACUACGAUGACCUCGCCUACGUUGCCUCUGCCCACCAGGAGCUGCUCAAGACGGGAGCGUCGGGGAUGAUCGCCUACCGUCUUCAGACGCGGGACGGAACGUGGCAGUGGCUGCAAACCUCCUCAAGACUAGUCUACAAGAACUCCAAGCCAGACUUCAUCAUCUGUACCCACCGGCCGCUUAUGGAAGAGGAGGGGCGGGACCUGCUGGGGAAGCGGACGAUGGACUUCAAGGUCUCGUACCUGGACCCGGGACUCACACAGUCCUAUCUCUGCGACUCGGAGCUCCCGCAGCUCUACGCCUCCCGCAUGAGCCGCAAGUACAAGACGCAGUUGCGGGACUUCCUCACCACGUGCCGCACCAAGAGGAGCUACACCAACCUCUCCGACACGGCCUACAGCAACUACAACAACAUGUACGGCACCUCGGCCUACACGGCCGACAACGGCCUGUACAUGCAGCAGAACCUGGGCAACCUGCAGUCGCUCUACCCGGCCAGCUACCUCCCCGCCGACAACCUGUUCCACUACCGACAGCUCGGGUCCUACUACCCGGACUACGUCACCCACGGCUACGUCAGCAACGGCUACGUCGACCCCGCGCGCCCCUGCCUGGGCUACGACACGACGGGACUCACUAAGACAGCGGCCGAGCAGAAGCUGUACUGCACGACGCAGCUCGACGCCUCCAAGUACCAGUACAAGCCGACGGACGCCUACACGACCGUCUACGGCAGCAACGCCGUCCUGCCGUCGCUCGAGCACAAGUACAGCGACCUGCGGGAGGUGCGGCGGGACGACCCCUCGGCCCUGGCGUCCCUCGGGGCGCUGGCGGCCACCCCAGGCAUCACCACCAGCACCGCCGCCACCAGCACCGCCAGCACCGCCACCCACAAGGAGGAGAGCAAGGAGAGCGACACGUACGCCAACACGACCCGCCAGACGGUGCUCAUGUGGGGCUCGGCCUCGCACGACUACGACCCCAACAAGAAGUACACGGAGGUGCCCGUGUCGUCGGCGUCGCUAGACCCGAGCCUCGGCGGCGUCGCCUGCAAGUGGGGCACCGCCACGCCAGCGUCGACGCCGGGUGCCAGAAGUAGUGCCGGAGGCUCCCCCCACGGGGGCGAGGGGGCGUCGCCCCACGCGGGGGUGCCCCCGAGUGCCCACACCGUCGCCCACGGGGCCGUGGCGCCAGCGGGUAAGGCUGCGUACGGCUACAGCGAGGGCGGCGAGGUAUGGCACCACCAGUACUAUCCUUACCACCCGUAUCACACCCCGCAAGGGAAGGAGGAAGGUGUUCUGUGUGGGAGCCCAGAAGUGACCUCUGACACACCACUUCUCGCCCAGUCCUGAGGGCAGCUUGUGACCCGAUGCCUCCAGAGUCAGGUCAUGGGGUCACCAUCACCACAGUCCAUGAAACAAGACCUUCAGGUCAUUGAAUCACCACCACAGCCCACGACCCAAGACUUCCAGGUCUUGGGGUCACCUCUACCAGCGCCCAUGAAUCAUGACCUGCAGACUCAGGUCAUGGGGUCACCACAUCCCCAGCCCAUGAAUCAUGACCUGCAGACUCAGGUCAUGGGGUCACCACAUCCCCAGCCCAUGAAUCAUGACCUGCAGACUCAGGUCAUGGGGUCACCACAUCCCCAGCCCAUGAAUCAUGACCUGCAGACCCAGGUCAUGGGGUCACCUCACCCCCAGCCCAUGAACCAUGAUCUACAGACCCAGGUCAUGGGGUCACCUCACCCCCAGCCCAUGAACCAUGAUCUACAGACCCAGGUCAUGGGGUCACCUCACACCCAGCCCAUGAAUCAUGACCUGCAGACCCAGGUCAUGGGGUCACCUCACCCCCAGCCCAUGAACCAUGAUCUACAGACCCAGGUCAUGGGGUCACCUCACACCCAGCCCAUGAAUCAUGACCUGCAGACCCAGGUCAUGGGGUCACCUCACCCCCAGCCCAUGAACCAUGACCUCCAGACCCAGGUCAUGGGGUCACCAGCACGUCCGCAGAUGAUGGUGCAGCAAAGCCCAUGAAGCCAAAAGGUCAAUGCACGAAUUCUUCGCCGAACUAAUUCAACAAAUUGUCUAAACGAUCGAUUUGCUGGAAAUAGCCCAAGGCUCUCAGAAAGCUAACUGAAGCUACGUGAGAAUAAACUAAAAGCCUGGUGAGGUCACUAAGUCCAAUAUGGGGUUAUUGGAAGUCCGGUAGGGCUAGUGCAAGUCCAGCGAGGCUCCUGGAAUUGCCGUGGGGUUACUAGAUGUUCGAUGGAGCUGCUGGAAGUCCGAUGUGUGAGACUGGAAGUCCGAUGGAGGUACUGGAAGGCCAGCAGGAGGUUAUACAAGGGGGGCAAACAAAAGGUUUGAAGCAAUGAUGAUACAAACAGGAGAGCUGCUUGAUUCUUCUACCAUGGGAUCUGGGAGCUUAUCACAGCUGGCAAGGCUGUCUGCCUCACCCGUGCAACAACAGCUGGGUGGAACGCCUGCCACACCUCCACAUCAGGUGACAUAUGGUGUUUACGAUAAGCCAACACAACCAUAUUUCUUAAGGAUCCAGAGACUUGAGAAGGUUGCUGGAGUGUGCGGUAAGAAACCAAGGGAGUCGUUAGGAAAUUGUGAAGAUUAUAGAGUUGGAGAAACGAAUUUGACUUCGCGUCCAAAAACACUCCGUAAGAGUGAUCACCUUUUUCUUUUUCUUUCUUACCACAAAGUGAUCUUCGAUUCCUCUAAGAGGUUUGUGUAGGAUGUUCUGUAACAGAAUGAAACAGUCUUACGACACAUUAUGAAAAAUACGUGACUAAAUAUGCACUUCAACUAAGGCGAUGAAAAAGAAAGA